AUGGGGGGCGGCUCGGGAACCGGUGGGGGCGGUGGUCGUCUGCAGGGAGCCCCGCGUGCCCCGGGCUUAGCCGGGAGACCCUGGCGCCCACUUUUCCCAAGGGAGAGAGAGGGCGCCCCCCCUCCCCAACGGCUGCACAGUUCAGAGCCUGAGGCUUCGGCCGCCCCCCCGGAAAGAUGCAGUCCCGGAAACCAGGGGGCAGUUCCGCUGGGGGCGCUGCUGCUGGACACGUGCGAGGCUGGGGGCGCAGGCAGCCAAGCACCCGCUCAGCGGUUCGAACCCACCCGGCGGUUCUGCUACAUCUCUUCCCGUAAAAGUGACAAGCGAGUACCCGGGUGCGGGCGUUCGACUCUGUGGGUCGGAACCGGCACUAGCAGCGCUGAUAACCGGACCUGGUCCCUCCGGAGCAUCCUUGAACCGCUGAGCCCAAGAGGAUCCCCCGCGCAGGGGCGCCUGGGUGGCAGGAAGGACCCCAGCUGGGGCCUCUUGACCAGUGCGGAAAAUUUCCACGACAAGGUCCUAAGUGAACCUCUCAAGCACUCCGACUUCUUCAAUGUCAAGGAAUUGUUUUCGGUCAAAAGCCUCUUCGAUGCCCGAGUGCACCUGGGACACAAAGCUGGCUGUCGACACAGGUUCAUGGAGCCUUACAUCUUUGGGAGCCGCCUGGGCCAAGACAUCAUCGACCUGGAGCAGACGGCCACGCACCUCCAGUUGGCCCUCAAUUUCACGGCCCACAUGGCCUAUCGCAAAGCAAUCAUCUUAUUCGUCAGCCGGAACCGGCAGUUCAGUCACUUGAUCGAGACCACGGCCCGAGAUUGCGGCGAAUACGCCCACACCCGCUACUUCAAGGGUGGCCUGCUGACCAACGCCCCCUUGCUCUUUGGGCCCAGUGUCCGCCUGCCGGACCUCCUCAUCUUCCUGCACACACUCAACAAUGUCUUCGAGCCCCAUGUGGCUGUGAGAGACGCGGCCAAGAUGAACAUCCCCACUGUAGGCAUUGUGGACACCAACUGCAACCCCUGCUUGAUCACCUACCCCGUGCCGGGCAACGACGACUCGCCCCCCGCCAUCCAGCUCUUCUGCGGGCUCUUCCGCACCGUCAUCAGCCGGGCCAAGGAGAAGAGGAGACAGGUGGAGGCCAUGUAUCGGCUGCAGGGUCACAAGGCAGCCGAGGGCAUGGACUUGAAAAGCCACCCUCCGCAGGAGCACAGACAGGGUGGUUCUGUGUCCACCUCGCAGAUACACUGA